CCACGGGAUGAGGCUGGAAACGGCAGAGCUCAUCACUUCCCACCGUGGAUCCUCACGGGCCGGAGCGCAAUCGACCCGACGCCCGCUCUGCAUCUUAUUGCGUUAAAGUGUUUUGUGCUACACAGCAGUGUAGUAUCGCUUAAUUCGGUCAGAUUGGGCGGGAGGAGAGCGGAGUCGGUGGAGAAUAAGGAGUCGUGAGUGGGUGGGUUGUGAUGGAGCUGACAGCCUCCUCCACCGCAUCCCAGUCCUCGGGAGGACGCGUCCCUCUUCUAUUUUCAUAGCGGAGGUCGCCUUCGUUUGUCCGUGUUUCAAGGACAAAGCGACGUGUUUGUGUGUCUGGUCCACAGCAGCUGGAGUUGGAGUCCAGCCUCAAGCACUGCAGCAUAAUGUAAACACACCGUCCGUGAGCGUGGCGGGCUGCGUACAAGCAAGGCAUCAGUGAAUAUAAGCAGAUACUAGACGCUCAUUAGCAGCAAUGGCCGAGCGUGUUGUGCUGAAACAUGUCGUGUUGCUCACAUUAAUUGCGUUCAUCCUUCAUCUAAACCGUUUAUCCUCAUCCAACUACGUGAGUAGUUGUAAGUGCAGAGUGGUGUAGUGCAGUGGGCGCGUCUGCACGCGCCCCGUGGGUCACUCGGAUCUCGCCGUGGUGGCGAGCGGACAUUUCAGCACCACGGUGGAGCAGACAGCUCCUCCGCUCCCAGGCCGCAGCCGCAGCCGCUGCUGCUGUUUUCCUCUUCACGGUUCAGCACCGACCACAGUGAACAGCUCCGUGUCACUGCUGCGCUGGACCCACGUGAAUUCGGUGCCAGAUGUGGCGCAGUGUUUGCUCAGACAGUAGCGUCAGAUCUCCAGCAGCAGCCAUGCGAAUGAAGGAGGAGGAGCUGGAUUCCAAAGACGCCAUCAUACUCCACCAGUUCUCCAGGCCCAAAACUGGUGCUCCGUCUCUGUCCCCUUUCUGCCUUAAGAUGGAGACCUACCUCCGCAUGGUUGACCUGCCGUACCAGAACUACUUUGAUGGGAAGCUUUCGCCGCAGGGGAAGAUGCCGUGGAUUGAGUACAACCAGGAACAGGUGUGUGGCACUGAAUUCAUCAUUGACUUCCUGGAGGAGAGGCUGGGCGUGAGCCUCAACGAGAGCCUGACGCCGCAGGAGAAGGCCGUGUCCCGCGCCAUCACCAAAAUGGUGGAGGAGCACUUCUACUGGACCAUAGCCUACUGUCAGUGGGUGGACAAUCUGGAGGAAACCCAGAAGAUGCUGUCGGUGAGCGGACCACUGAGCGACCUGCUCAAGUGGAUCCUGAGUCACCUGACCGGUGGGAUCAUCAGGAGGGAGAUGUAUGGGCACGGGAUCGGACGGUUUUCCAAGGAGGAAGUUUAUGCCCUGAUGGAAAAGGACAUGCGAACUCUGUCUACUCUACUAGGUGAUAAAAAGUACCUGAUGGGAUCCAAGCUGUCAGCAGUAGACGCUGCAGUGUUCAGUCAUCUGGCUCCUGCCAUGUGGACGUUACCGGGAACCAGACCGGAGCAGCUCAUCAAAGGUGAGCUGAUCAACCUGGCCAUGUACUGCGAUCGUAUCCGCCGCCGGUUCUGGCCCGAGUGGUUCGUGGACCUGGGGGACUUCUGUUACACCGACGCCACCGAGCCCAGCGAGCGCUCCUCUCGCCUCCCCGACCUGGGCCUCUACUCGCGCACGGACACGACGCAGGGCGACACGCGCACGUCGCCCAGCCACGCGCCGCGGCGCCCGCCGUCGCCCGACAGCGACCCCACGGGCCACUCGCUGUACGACUCCGACAUGGACACGGAGUGCUCCGACGGCGACCAGCUCAAGUGUUGACGCCACGCACCACAGCGGGAGCCGCUCCCCACCCGUACACAGCCCCCUCCUCUAAAUCACCGGGCGCUGAAGAGGAGAAGGUAGAGGUUUUAACUGAGCUGAGCUGUAGAAAUCUUCCAACAAGGAGUGAAUGAUGCUGCUGCGGAGUAACUCCUCCACGUGACUGACAUCAUCACUGCUGUCGUGUUGCUGUACGUGCGCGAUCGAACUAAACCCCUCACUGUAAAUGCCUCGUAUCCGGAGGAUGUGGACGAGUAGGAAACAGGAAAGCUUCAAUAAUAAAUAAAUAAAUAAUGUGAAUAAGUGUAAAUAGAUACAUGGAAAUUGAAUAGAUAGGUUAUACGAUAGUAUAAAUAGUAGGUAUACAAAGCCACCUCCUCUGUCCGCUGGUGUAAAUACUGUAGGUUUUUCCUAUAAAAUCCAAAUAGUCUUGUAAUAGUUUUGAUGAAUACCUGAUUCUGCUGAUCUAGGAUCAGUGAGAUUAUGUAUCUGUCCCCACAUCCAUGGCUGCUGCCCCUAUUUACAGUCGGAUGGACAACGAUGGGUGGGAAACUGCUACAGGCACUUUCUUGUCUUUUUGAGACAAUUGUUUUACCAAAAACACAUGUUUCUCACCACGUUUGUGCGUCUUUAGGUUCAUUCAAGCAUUUAGAGCGAGCCGAACAAUCACGUGAGGUAGAAAUAGAUUAAAUAGGCGCUUAGUGCAAAUGCAGUGCAUGUCUUGUACGUGCUGUCAGAAAAUGUCCCUUUAUGCAUCAUGUAGAUAGUUUUAUUCAAAUUAUAUCUGGCCUCUAUUAAGUUUGAUGCGUGAUGAACUUCGUUUGCUGGUGCCUCUGGUCUGAUCAGCCACACAAAGCUUUUUGUUUUGUUUUGCUUCAGUCAUUUCUUUAUGAUAUGCAGUAAAUGUUAUGUAAGGCAAUAAGAGAGCAUACACAUUGCAGUUUAUGCUAGGUGCCGUGUUGUACUGUACACCAGGACAUGCAGAGUCCUUUAGGAGGAAAAGGCAGUUACUGUUAAACAACCCGACCUGCAGGAGCUGUGAUUUUGGUCAACGGAUGACAUCAUCUCAACUGAACGACUCCUACAAAUGGCGUCGUCUGUAGGAGUUGAUCAGCUUGAGGCGGCGAGAGCUUCAAACGUUGCGAAGGCAGAGGCUGUGAGUCACGAUCCACAACUAGCCGUGCCCUGAGUCAGAAGAUGACAUACACCGGUUUGCCUUUUCAUGCUCGUUGUCAGCGGUAGCUUUACUCCUCUGUUUACUGUUGUUGGGCAGUUUGUUCCUCAGUCUAUGUUGGAGUUGCUCCGGCUCGUCCUCCAAUGAGCGCUCACAUUCAAGUGACCAAAUUCAGACAUCUGGAUGAAAAUGAUACUAAAUAAAUUUUGGACACUGGUUGAUUUAAUAUCAACCAGUAUUAACAAAUUAAUAUAUAAAUUAGAAAUAAAGCAUUAAUCUUGUAUUUCUUAAACUGUGGAAAGCAACCACAUGGUGGUUUUAAGGGGAUCUCACACCUAAACACAGUUCAUGUUGCAUUCAUGUUCUCUGCAAGGCUCUGUCAGCACAUUGUGGGUCUCUGCUCAAGAAUCUAACAAAAACCCAACCUCAGGCUGCAGAUCAACACAUCCGUAGGCACAGUUACAGCUCUGUUUCCUGCUGCAGAUUCCCUGGAAUCAACAACGUGCUCUGAAACCGAUCGUUUUCGUUCUGUCUGAAAACUUCUUGCCUGUUUGUUGUUGCCUUCUUUCAUCAAUAAUCAGAUUCCGCCUUAUAAAAACUGAAGCCCUAUUGUUUACUUUACACCAGAACCAGCUUAGGACUUUAUGUCAUCUUAAUUUACUAUUGGUGUAAUUUAAGCUCAUAUUAUUUAAUAAUGGUGGGUAAUUUUAUUAAUAUUAUUGCACUUUUCUUCCCAUGUUUACAUGUAUUUAGUUUUAUGGAUGCAUUUUCCUAAUUAAUUUGCAGAUAUUAAUGCAAAUAUACUGGGUUAUAAAGAAAUUUUAUAUUUUUAUGUUGCCAGUUAUUCUAAUAAUUAAAUGUUCAUCCAAUGUUUUUACUUGAUAAAUGUUCAAAUUUGUGCCAUCUUAUCACAUUUCUUCCCAAAUUCUUAAAUUACAGCUCUGCAGAGCUUCGAGACCAAGUGGAAAAACAAGUCAACAACACUGAGAUAAAAAAAUGCAGACUGAUUAUUAGGUGAAGAGACGAACUCUGCCCAUGUUCAUCUGCCUCAGUGUGUCUUUCAGCAGUUAAAGGUCAGGGGUCAGAGUUCAUCCCUGUCAUGUGUCACCGUCCCAUCAGGAUGUCUGCUUGUAGCCUGUAGAGGCCAUAUUGCAUUGUGUCUUGCUCCUGUGCUCAAACACUUGUAGAAUCUCAUCAAACUGUAAAUAAGGAAAAAUAAAUAUUAAUAUGAGAAGGUGCUCAUUGAGCAAAUGUUACAAAAAUGUAACACUGAAAGUGAUUCUUAUGAAUGUAUAAAAAAAAGGCUGUACAGCAGGGGAUGACUCAUAAUGUUUCAUUAAAUAUGGCUGUGGUAUUUUC